CAGGAUGCGUGUGCUCCUAGUGAAGCCACCUCAGGAGUCAGUGACAACAUGGCGUCAAGAGGGACGAGUGAGACCAGUAAACUCAGACAGAACUUGGAGGAGCAGCUGGAUCGUCUGAUGCAGCAGCUUCAAGACCUGGAGGAAUGCAGAGAGGAGCUGGAUGCUGAUGAAUAUGAAGAGACCAAGAAAGAGACACUGGAGCAGCUGAGUGAGUUCAACGACUCUCUGCAGAAAAUUAUCGCAGGGAAUAUGACGCUGGUGGAUGAGCUCGGAGGGAUGCAGCUGGCCAUUCAAGCAGCUAUCAGCCAAGCUUUCAAGACCCCAGAAGUCAUUAGAAUGUUUGCUAAGAAGCAGCCUGGGCAGCUGAGGACUCGGUUAGCUGAGAUGGACCGAGAUUUAAUGGUGGGCAAAUUAGCCCGAGAUGUUUACACGCAACAGAAAGGAGAAAUCCUGACUGCUCUGCGGAAACUGGGAGAGAAGUUGACCCCAGAGGAUGAGGCUUUCUUAUCAGAGAAUGCAGGAGCAGCUCUCAGCCAGUUUCAGAAGGUGUCGGAAGGUUUAGGAUCGGGAGACAAAGUUUUAGCUCUGGCAAGUAUUGAGGUGGAGAAUACAAAGAAGUGAGGCUGCAGGACAGAGCCCAGACGAUACCUUGGUGUGUUUUCUUUGCACAGGCCGGCCAGAUCUGGAUGACUGGUGGAUGUACGUGUUCAGUUUUGUAUCAGCAGUUUUCAUACUCUGGGGAUUUUCUAGGAUCCAUCCCGUG